AUGCUUGGUGACGGCGAUGAAAAAAUUCAUCCUUUGGUCAGCAUAGAUGUCGUGGGACAUGAGGUCGGUCACGGGGUAACAGAAAAAUCUUCAAGCCUCUUGUACUAUAACCAAUGGGGAGCUAUCAAUGAGGCGUUUUCGGACAUGAUGGGAGAAACAUCCGAAGCAUAUCUUUCAAGACCAGACUGGCUUGUAGGUUUUGAUAUCACAAAAGAAGGAUACCCUCCACGUCGCUAUUUCGAAAACCCCUCGGCUGACAACCACUCUAUAUCCCACGUUGAUAACUUCACGGACGAUCUCAAUGCACACUAUGGCAGCGGUGUGUACAACCGGGUUUUCUAUCUUCUUGUUCACGAAUACCAGCAGUCCAUCAAGGAAAUCUUCGGAGUCUUUCUGCACGCCAACCGAAUGUACUGGCAUCAACUGUCUAACUACCACAGCGCUGCCUGUGACGUCAUGAAGGCUGCCUACGAUCUGGGUCAAAAUGGCGCUCUCUUCCGCCGUGCUUUCAAAGAGGUCGGAAUAGACGUCUGUGACAUACAAAAUCAUAUCAUGGGACUUCGAGAGAGUAAGCUUUAUGAUGGCAUCACGGUGGCCAGAAAUGAAUCUCCUACAUUCCUCUACAUGUUCCCUCCGUAUAUGCUCGACACCGGUGUGAACGUCAGCGCAAGCAGCUCCACUGGAGAUGUGCACAUCAUCCUGACCAACAAGCGCUGGGGUGUCGCCAACGAUGAAGAUCCGCAAGUAUUAGCCGAGGGCGUCAAUGUCGUCACAGCUCAAAUCCAGAGUAACUUAACUACUCUUCCUCUUUACAUUACGUUAGCAAAUGAGUUAAAUGUUACUCUAUAUAACGUCACGCUUCGGGCGCAAGCAUUCUGGACAUAUAACUAA